AUGGAUAAACCUUGUCGCUGCUCCACCGAAGCUUUGCAGAUCAUGUCAGAUCUGCAGAAUGUACAUGCUGUCAUUGAUGCGGAGACUGUUCUAGGCCUGGUUAAUCGUGUUUGUCACCAGGGUAUGCUGAUGGUCCAUUGUGAAGAUUGCACCAAAGAGCUUCAAUACUCUGUUGUGACCCUUCCGACACUCUCAGAGCAAUGCCUUCCCUUACUUGAGGCUUUAUGCUCAGCAUAUGACAUCACCUCACAACCCAGCUUUUUUGACACAGCCAUGUUGACCUUCGAUCCACCGGCAUCACACUUCAUCUGUGUCCGAAGCAAAGUCAUUUUUGGACAGACAGAGCUCGAUGAGGCUGAGAUUAGGUUACUUGUCCGCACUUUGCUGGGGCGAAAUUUGAUGAGGCUUGUCGAGCUUAUGGAGGGGUUAAAGGGCAUUCUGCCGGUAUUAUCGGAAGGCCCUUCCACUCAUCGAAACGGAUCUGCGACGCUCAAGGCAUGCGAAUCGUCCCUAGAAUCCAUUAUUGGUCGAUUGGCAGUAUUGGUGCAGAUUAUUCAAGGUGACAGUGACAAUGACAUUUUGACAUGA